GGCGACGGGUGAUGAUGAGGCCGGGAAGGCCGGGCUGCUCUGGGGGAAAGGAGUGAAGGGAACGCGGCACCAGGCCGGCAUGAGAUUUUUAAGGCAAUUAAAAAGCUUAUUCCCUUGCCUUCUGAAAGUGAAGUAUUUUGGAUCAGAAACAUUAUUUCCAACACUGUGGAUGCUUUGGAACCAGUCUUUUAAUCGAUUGCCUGAACAUCUUCCAAAAAUUCAGAGACAAAGUUUCUUCACCCUGCAGGAGAUGGCUGAUAAGAAACCUGAGCUUGAUGCGUUCUUGCCACAUCCCAGAGUACGUGGAAUGACCACUCUUGACAAAGCUGCUUUCAAAAAUGAUAUUAUCAUCCCAGCUCUUUUAGUUAACAAAGACAUAACAAGCAAUCUGCUGAAGUCUCUUAAAGGAGUACUACUCCAGCGACCAGGUCUCAAGAGAGUCGUUGAAGACCCUGACGAUGAAAACAGAAAGUACAUUUUGUUAGACCCACAUAAAAUAUCUGCUGACGGUUCUCUGGGUGAAUCUGAGCAACAGAUCUUAAAAAGCUUUGGUAUUAACCCUGAAACAGUCAAGUAUAACAUGGAACUUACUUAUGAUAAUUUCAAGACAGAAGAAAUUCUGAAAGCAGUGCUUCCUGAAGGCCAAGAGAUCACUACAGCCUUCAGCAGAAUUGGCCAUAUUGCUCACAUGAAUCUGAGAAGCCAUCAGCUGCCUUAUAAACAUUUAAUUGGACAAGUUAUCGUUGAUAAAAAUCAAGGAAUAACCUGUGCUGUAAAUAAAAUCAAUAUUAUAGACAGCAUGUAUCGAAACUUUGAAAUGGAGCUACUAGCCGGAGAUGGUGCCAACAUGAUAACAAAGGUUAAAGAAAACUAUAUCUCAUAUGAAUUUGAUUUUUCCAAAGUCUAUUGGAAUCCUCGCCUCUCUACCGAACAUUUGCGGAUUGUCAACCUUUUAAAGCCAGGAGAUCUUCUCUUUGAUGUCUUUGCAGGGGUGGGGCCUUUUGCAAUCCCUGCAGCAAAGAAGAACUGCAUGGUGUUUGCAAACGACCUCAACCCUGAAUCAUGCAAGUGGCUCCAGCACAACUGUAAACUAAAUAAAGUGGACAAAAAAGUCAAAGUCUUCAACCUAGAUGGCAGGAAUUUCUUGAAAGGGCCAGUGAAAGAAGAACUGAACAAGCAUCUCUCUUUGAAGGAAUGGAAAAAUUCUGUACACAUCAUCAUGAACUUGCCAGCCAUGGCAAUUGAGUUCCUGGAUGUCUUUAGGCAUCUUUUGAAUGGAGAGCCAGUCAGUGCUGAACUUCCAAUAGUGCACUGCCACUGUUUUUCCAAACAUGAUAACCCUAUGCAAGACAUUCAAGAAAGAGUUGAAGCUUUACUGGGAACUUCCUUACAUGGUCUUUGUUCUUUUAAAUGGGUGAGAAAUGUAGCACCCAAUAAAGAAAUGAUGUGCAUUAGCUUUCAACUUCCAGCUGAGGUGUUAUACAAGCCGCUGACAGAUGAUCCAGAAGAACCUCCAUCUAAACGACUAUGCCCAAAUGAAAAUCUCACUGAAGAAAAUAAUCAAACCACCUAGGAGAUAUGUGGAUCAUGACAUUAGAAUUUUAAUUCCAUUUUCAAGGUGAGGAAAGUACAUUGCAUCUGCUCUCUGUGUAACAGCAGUUAUCUAAUCUGUCUCAGAGUUGGUAAUUGCACACUUACGAGUUGAUUGUACUUUUAAAUUAUGUAUGUUCUUUUAAAUUAUGUAUGAUUAGGGUCAACUCUCUUAUUUGAAGAACAUUAAAUUUUGUAUUUUUCCAUAAUUUGUAGUAUUUUGUGUUCAAGCUUGUGUCAUUAUUCAUCCACCAAUGAGGAAAGUAUAAAACUAAAUGAACAAGAUGAAGUAUUUCUCUGCAGUCUUGAAGUACCCAUACAUAGGGCAUUGGAUGUCAUUCCUCCUGUGAAGUCUCUGUCCAGCCACAGAUCCUGAGCAGCUCCUGAGAAGCUAAGGGGGUUGAAGUAAAAAACAAUGAAGUAUUUGAAGUAUAGUGAAAGUUGCAAAUGGUGGUCCCAUGAGAGUGGGAUUCUGCAAGUGUCAUAAUUGUGAGCCAGUUGCCAAAAACCUGAAUCAUGAUCAUAUGACCAUGAGACACUACAAUGGCUGCAACUUUUGAGGACUGUAAAACUCCUUGUUCAGUGCCAUUGUAACUUGGAACAGUUGCUGAAAGAAUGGUUAUUAACUGAGGAGCAUCUUUAUUCAUAAUCUGAAUUUUUUACUUCCUUGUUUAUAAAAGCAACUGUGUUUAUAUACACAUAUCUGAUGUUUAUAUGCUCCUGUUUCAGAGGAAAAGAGAAUUCAGGAUAUGAAAUAAAAAUAUUAGUUUGUAAAACUAGGUGUAUGUUAUAUCUAGAGAGGCCUUCUUGCAGAAAGGUGAUUUGGAGUGCGUUUUAAUGUCUGUCAGCAUCCAGUUAAACAUAUAUUUUCCUGGAAUCAAAGAAUCUAAAAAAGAUGGAGCUUCUCCAUGAGUACCACAAAAUUCAAAAUCAUCUUAGAAUCUGGAUUGUGUAUAUCCCUAUUUAUUUCAUCUCUUAUAACUAUCAAAAAUCAAACAGGUAGAAAAAUGUCAGCCUUCUCCAUUCUGAAGAAAAACUGAUAGGCAUUUGUGUUUUGCACCAUUAUAUUCUAAAAGGCCCAUUCUGUUGGAGCUUGUAAAGAAAAACUACACAAAGUUUCAAAUAGUUACGAUUUCCUUUUGUAUGUGUUUUUGGUAUUUUUAGAGCCAGAUACAUAAUUGCAUAUUUACAGAAUGACAGUUGUUGCAAUCUCCAAUGUGGUUCUGAUUUCAUUGCUCAGAACUCAAGGUAUUAUGGAUGAAAAUGUAUCUCCGAUUCUUGUAUCAUGCUUCAGGGAAGAAAAAUAUAAUUCAUUUGCAUUAGAUACUGACUUAAGAGAAGAAAAGGCUUUUGGCUUGUAGUAGAAUUGCACUAUACAGGUUUAAUGAAAACAGCAUUUCAGUGGUUUUGCAAAUAAAAACCUGAAAAGAAGACAUAGAAACUACAGAAAAUAACAAGAAGGACAUCUGGAGUUAUUUUUUUAAAAUUUUAUUAGCCUGUUUCAGAAACCUUAAAUACAUGAAACGAUUGCUCACAUCUUCCAUUAACAUCCCAGGAGAGUCACACAAAGCAUCUCCCAUU